GGUGUCCUUAUCAUCUCCCGUCCUCGCUACGGAAUCCAGCGUGAGGCGCGUUAGAGAUGUUUGUGAGCGAUAUAUGGUGAACAUUUUCGGCUCCGAUCUCCUCUCAUUCGUCUUCGACAAGGAAUGCUGUUCGGUGCUCGGGUCUGGCGCGUUCGGCAAGUGCUUCGUGGCCCAAGUAUCGUCCUCGCAAUGGGUCUCCAAGCGUUGCGGAGACUAACCCGAGAUCGUUGAUGCUAUGAUCCGGGAGAUAGAGGCUCUGGCGGCUCUGAAAGGAUUGGCUGGCGUGCAGAAGUUGAUUGGGGUGUGCCCUGAGACCCUCACCUUGAUCACUGAAUACUGCGGGGAAACCUGGUCAGAUGUCCUCGAGCGGCGCCAGUCCUCUGUAAAGGAAUGUCUGGAAGUUGUCGGCCAGGUGUGCAGGACCAUCGCUGCCAUCCAUGCUCGGGGAUGGAUACACAUCGACCUAAAGGCCAACAAUAUUUGUGUGCAGCGCACGAGUGGAGGUGUCCAGGCCACUGUUAUCGACUUCGGCUUGGCUGUACAAGUUGGAACACGGCAUCGGUUUAGAAACGGAGAUAUUCACAUGGCUCCAGAAGUCAUCAAAGGCCUUCCGUGCACAACCGCCGCAGACGUCUACAGCAUCGGCCAGUUAUUAGAAGAAAUAUUGGAGUACUACCAGAUCGACUCCCAUUUCUAUCUCCGGUUCUGGAUAUCUGAGGCGGUGCAGCCACUGAGGUACCACCGGGCCCAUUUGAAGACACUGCUGGAGAAGGUCUCUCUGGCACUUGCUGAGGCCACUCGGGCCCAGGUGCCACCACCGGCACCCAGUCCGGCUAUGACGGAGACACCCGCACCAGAGCCCCACUCCGGGCAAAGAUGCCACACCAGCAUGAAUGGUC